AUGGCUAACCCUCUCCUUAUUACCAUCCUCAUCCUCUUCUCAACCAUCCUCGUCUCCACCGCCGCCCGCCACAUCACCCUCGACCAUGACAGCUGGCUCGAAACCCUAAACCCAACCGAAGAAGAGAAAUUCACGAAGCUCCACUUCUACAUCCACGAUUUCGUGAGUGGGCCCAACCAGACGGUCUACAACGUGGCCGAGUCCUCCAUCACCUCCGAGUCGGGCUCGUGGUUCGGGCGAGUCCAGGUGGUGGACCACCUCAUCACAACCGGGCCCGACAUCGGGUCCGAGAAAGUGGGCCGGGUCCAGGGCGUCCACGUCCUGUCAGACCUCCACGUGGCAGCCAUCACAGUCAACUGGAACUUCCUGUUCGAGGACGGGAGCACGAUACUUGUCUUGGGCCGGCUGGUAGCGUUUGCAAAGGAGGGUGAGCUGGCAAUCGUGGGUGGGACCGGGAAGUACCUCAUGGCGCGUGGGGUGGCCUACAAGACGACUUUGAGGAUGGAUCCGGACACGUUGAACAGCAUCAUGGAGUAUACUAUGUACGUGUACUCGAGCCCGGGGGCAUUUUCGGAAGUGUGA